AUGGGUCAGUCAGGUUUUAUGUGUGUUGCUCAACAUGUCAUGAAAAGAGUCAAAGUUACUGAUGCUGCAUUUGGUGAUAAAAAGUUCCAGUACCAGAACCUGAACCGUAUUGACGAGGCUGUACGGGAUGUUUCUAUGGCAUAUGGGCUAGCUGCAGUUCAAGAAUUCAUUGCAAGUGAAAUGUUUCCUUCUAAAGACGCUCUUGAUGCAUAUGAACAGAAACAUGGAAACCAUCAUGAGCUUCUUCUAAACUUGUUUAAAGACUGGAUUGAAAAUAACAGCAGUAAUCCUCAAUUCCAGUACCACUGUCAAUUGAUCACUCUCUUCGGCCCAUUGAGGGAGUUAUAUUUAACAAGUGUAAAGUGUGGGGAUGGUAUCGGUCGUGAGGCUGUUUGGAUGCUCAUGUUACCACUGUUUGCUCAGUUACAGAAACGGAACUACUGGACUGAGGCUUUUGUACACCUUGUCAACCUUUUAGCAGCAUGGCCUUUGGCAACUAGAAAACUACUACAGAACAAUUGUUCAGUUAAUGUGAAGGGAAGACAUGGUCAUAACAUUGCCUUGGAUGAGUGGGUGGAAUCAUACUUAGUCAGACCAUUAAGGAAUUAUGCUUCUGGUAAGUCAAAAAUAAGAAUUUGUAGAAAAUAUGUUUUGUGCAUGAAUUACAUAUUUGCCCUGCAAUAUACAUGGAUCACAGAUGUUUAUAAUAUACAGAUGUUGUAUUCAAAUAUAUAACUUUGGCACCCAUAACAAAAUAACAAAAAACUUUUUCUUUUAUGCAAUACCAGCUUAAUAAUUAUUAUACGUCAAGGAAACCUUUUAAUAAGUUUGUUUACUGUAUUUACAAGAAAAAGACAUAUUUUAUGAACGUCUUAGCUGUCAACCCAUUAACUGGCAAUACCAUCCCUAUGCAGCCACUUUAGUAUUUUACUCUGUUCAACACCUGACUCGUACCCAGUCGUCAAUUACGAUUUAUAUAGAUCAGUGUACGGAGUUUUGCGUUGCAUGAUGGGAACGACGAAGAAAAAUUGACGACUGGCAGAUCACAAAGAAACAUGGCGGAAACAGUAAUGGCGGACGCCAACGAUGAUUGUGUAAAUGCAGCGAGACUUCACGAGAGGCCGUUUCAUGCCGCCUAUAUAAAUGAAAAGAUUCCAUGUCCUCUUCCGCAAUGUAGACGAGAUUUUCGAAAUGAUUUUUUUGAGGUGAACGGGCUUGCUCAGCAUUUUAGAGCGAAACAUAGUGGUGUAACUUUCACAGACAAACACGUGGAUGAAGCAAAAUGCGUGCUAAAGUCAUUGCAUGGCGAAGAAACGAAGAGCCACUUGGAAAAGUUGUCUACCGCGCGUCGUAACCUGGUAAGCACAAUGUUUGCGGAUAUAUAUGCAAAUUUUUUUCUGUAAGGACGCGUCAUAAUACAUGUUGACUCAAAGCUGUUUAUAAUUUACAUAUUUUUAGAAGAGCGAACCUUACAUCGGAUACAAUGUAUUUACAAAGCACGGGGAUUGUCACAAUUUAUAUGUCGCUGCAAAAGAUGCGAAAGAGGCUGCUAAACUUGUUGGAAUGGUUCUAUUGCAUUUUGGAUAUCUGAAACCAUACUCCAAGGGCAACAGAGGUGAACCAAUUGAUGUAAAAGGAGGAAACAUCACUGCUACUUUCAAUGUGUGGUUUUCUACCAAGACGGAGUCUGGUAAAGAUAUGACUGUGGUCAUUGCAGAAGCUACAUUUGUGAAGAAG